AUGAGUAUGUUUAUUCGCUCACAAAUUGUGAAAUGUGGUAUAUACGCCUUCUUUAUUACUAUCCACAUUCCAAUACUGCGCGGAGAAGAACAACCACAAUGCCCGAGUUUGGCGGAAAACCCAAUUUGCCCGUGCUAUAAUUUUAAAGAGGGAUUAUUUUUGGAAUGUCCUAGUGCAACAGCGAGUGUUAGUUUGGAGGAAACUUUAUCCGAAAUCGAUAUUACUGAAAACUUCCUUACUUUUUUUCCUUUAAAAGCUUUAGGAGCUUUUUUGAAACUUCAUAAUCUGGAAAUGUUAGAUAUCAGUCAAAACAAAUUAGACAAUAUACCUAGAGAAAGGCUUCAAGGUCUAUAUUCAGCAAGACUGAUAAAUAUUUCUCGAAAUACAAUAAGAGAACUAGAAGAGUUCACAUCAGAUCUACAGAAUCUUCAGACGUUAGACUUAUCAGCCAAUCAUAUUACAAGAAUAACUAAGGACGUUUUUAGAAAUCUCCCCAGUCUUAGUGAACUUUACUUGAACGAUAAUUGGCUAUCGGCUAUAACAUCGGAUGUAUUUAUGAAGUUAAAAAAAUUGUCUCAUAUUGAUUUGAGGAGAAAUUAUUUUGAAAUAAUACAACUGAAAAUGUUAACUAAUCUGGAAACACAAAUAAAAACAAUAGCUUUUGAUGAAAACCCUUUGACAUGUAAUUGUGAAUCACAAGAUCUUUGGAAAUGGACUCAGGAUCAUCUGAAAAUUGUUUUAGAAGGAAGCAGAAAUUUACGUUGUGAAUAUCCAGAGGAGCUUCACGGAGUAAGCUUUAUAGAGCUAACAUCUCAAAAGCUCUGUGACAUACCAAUAAUAAUGAGACUUGCUAUACAAGAUAUUCAGACCUAUUCGGUUUUAGUUUCUUGGCAAAGUCGCAACCAAAGUGGGUUAAAUGGUUACCAAGUAGCUUAUUAUAGAGAACAGACGCCAAACAUUAUACGUGGUAAAGUUUUGAACGCUACAGCUCGGACUACCAGACUGAGUCAUUUGACACCGGGAGCUCGCUACAACAUUUGCGUUCUAGCAUUAGGUGACUUUGGUAAUAUAGCAACUUCAACCCUUUACGGCAAGACAACGCCAUCAUUCACAGAAAACUCUGGUGUGAAUUUAUAUGGAGAUGAGCAAAUUUUUACAAACUUGCGAUCCUAUAUGAACAACACUCAUACAAGCAAAUGCACAAGUGUUACAACAAUAGAAAUAUUUAGUGCGGCUUUAGAUAGUCCUUUCUCUAACACGUACAUGGGUAUCACAGAACUAUUAACUAGAAGACUAAGUUUGGUUGUGGGUGGCUGUAUAGGCCUCAUUGUUUUUAUAGUAUUAGUGUCAGUUUUAGGGUAUAUGAAAACAAAGAAAAGACCGCCGUUACCAAAAACAGAGGUCCAACAGCCACCACAGUAUAUAUCAUAUGACAAUUUCACUGCAACGAAUAUUGAUGUUCAAUCUACAGACAUAGAUAUUAAUACUAUAUCAAACAAUACACCAACACCGUUUAAACAGUGUGAGUAG